AUGAAGCCAUUUGAAAUUCUCUCAGCAGCCAGGAGGGAAAACUGCAGCAAAACCCUGCACUUUCGCAGGACUCUGGACACUUUCCUUGCAGCACUUCCCCUCUCCGCCCUUGCAAGAGCAGGAACUAUCCUCCUUCUUGACUCCCCAGGACCUGCUCUCUCCUGCCUUCCUCUUCUAUAUAUAGCGUAUAUAACAUUCAUCCGGGCUUCCAGCAUAGCCGUAGAGUACGACACGGGAAGUGCCUGCGACAUUGCGAUAUAUCAGGCCCUUGCGAAGUGGAGCAUCCUCGCAGGAAUCUCUCUCCACGUGCAAUCUCCGUACUCCCUCGCCUUCUUCAUCAAUGCUCUAGUCCCUGACUCUGCGCAUGCUCUCACUCUCUCUUCUCUCCUCGCAGGAUAUGCUGCAGGAUUUGCAGGAUUUCUCCCGGAGUCUUUCCCUGUGAAUGCGUAUCCCGUGGGCGUAUUCGCGCUCUCCUUCCUGCACUUCCUCACGAACUUCGAGAAGUCUUCGGAGAGUCUCCGGCGGACUCUUUCUCUCCUCCUGCACGCUCUGAACGGGAUAUUCCUUGCAGGCCUGCUCUCCGCGGGGACUCUCUGGAUUUCCCAGGAAAAGAUCGAAGUAAGUCGUAGAAUCUGGCUUUUAUUCGGUUAG